AUGGAUGUGGUCACCAAGGCGCUCGACGCCAACGUCCCCGCCAUGAGCGAGAUCUUUGAUUUCUUGCCCGUCCCCACUCUUGUCGUCUCACCGUCGUAUCGCAUACAGAGAGCCUCGGCUGGCUUGCUGGAGGCGUGGGGUCGCAGGCGUGAAGAACUUAUCGAUCAAGACCUCUUCAUUGCCCUCUACCAGGGCUCGCCGACCGAAAGAUUCGAUCGUAUUCCCUUCGUCUACGCCAUUGAAACUGCUCUUGCGGCUCGAGCUCUCCGUCUGUGCUAUGCGGCCUAUUUUGCAAAUGGUAUUUCUUGGACUGCGCGCAUUAUGCCUGUCCACAGAGAUGACGAACUGCUGUGCUUGAUCUUGGAAUGGGAUAAGGCCGAACUCCAUAUCACACUUCCUGAUGGUAGGAUAGCGCAGAGCUGGCUGCCUAUUGAUGAUACUUUCCGCAUCCUCAUCCAAGAUGUCAAGGAUUACGCCAUCUUCCUUCUCGAUACCAGCGGAAACGUGAUGACCUGGAAUACUGGAGCCGAGCUAAACAAGGGUUACAAGAGGGAAGAAAUCAUCGGUAAGCACUUCUCGACUUUUUAUGGCGAGGAAGAUAUCCGGUCUAGGAAGCCCGAAAGAGAACUCGAGAUUUGCUUGCGUGAAGGUAGGGUGGAAGAUGAGGGUUGGCGCUACCGCAAGGAUGGCAGCCGAUUCUGGGCUAACGUCGUUAUCACGGCCAUCUAUAAGAACGACAUCCACGUCGGCUUCGGCAAGGUCACCCGGGAUCUUACUGAGCGAAAAGACGCAGAACUGCGGCUAAUUGCUGCUUACGAGGAGAGCACGAAGUUGAAGAAUGAUUUUCUAGCAAACAUCAGUCACGAGAUCCGUACGCCGAUGCAUGGUGUGCUCUCUGCUUGCUCCCUGCUUCUAGAUAGCCGCCUAACCGAGGAGCAGCGGGAGACGGCUAAUAUGAUUGAAGAGUCUGGCCAUGUGCUGUUGCGGACUAUCAAUGACAUCCUCGACUACUCCAAGAUUGCAGCAGGCAGUUUUUCCAUCAAGAAUGACAAGGUUGAUAUCGCUAGUGUGGUCACAUCUGUCGUGCAUUCUGUGCAGACCACUGUGCAACCGGAAGUGUCGCUGAGACUGAACCUGUCACCAAACUUGCCAAAGUGGGCAGAAGGGGAUCCUCUGAGGUGCCGCCAAGUUGUUGAAAAUAUUGUCAGCAAUGCCGUGAAGUUUACCGAACAGGGGUACAUUCUGGUGAGGGUAUCGCUGCUCGCGGAAGACGUGGCCACUCACACGAUCCUGACUGAGGUCUACGACACUGGACAUGGUGUGACGGAAGAUGACGCCCAGAAACUGUUCAAGCCAUUCACGCAGCUUGAUACUCCGUAUCAGAAGCGUCGCCAAGGAACUGGGCUCGGACUGUCCAUCGCAAAAUCAAUCGCUGAGCUGUUGGGUGGGAAUAUUGGAUACAAACCUAACCCGGAACAGAAGGGCAGCAUCUUUUGGUUCUCAGUAAAGCUUAAGAAGCUCAACAGCCUUCAGCAGAUCCAAACCGUCGACGCUCUGCCAGACCCUAGCAGCGACCUGUCGCGACAGGAGGUUUCACAAGGCGAGGGUCUUGCGGCGCAGCUGACACAGUUGGUGAAGAUCUCGCCGACGGCGCGGAUCCUCGCGGCCGAGGAUAACAUUAUCAACCAAAAAAUCCUGGUCGGAAUGCUGCAUGACUUUGGAUUCCAGCACAUAACAGUUGUUUCGGACGGCGCCCAGGCGGUCUCGACACUAUCCGAGGCGGCUGGUGCCUUUGAUCUGAUACUGAUGGAUAUUAGUAUGCCGGUCAUGAAUGGUUACGAGGCGACGGUCCGGAUACGGAACAGUGGCAUACGUCUACCCAUAAUCGCCAUGACUGCCUACGCGCUAAAGGGUGAUAUGGAGCGUUGUUUGGAGAAAGGCAUGGAUGACUACAUCUCCAAGCCAAUGAAUAGGCAACUGCUAAUGAAGAAGCUGCUAAAGUGGCUUGUACGCCCGGGCGGUGCGGUGCUGGCCACCACUGCACGAGGGCGACAGAAAGUUCCGCCUUGUCAGCAUUCGACUUCCCAGCAGUAG